AUGGCCCCUAUCCAGCAGACGUUCUCCCUGAUCCCCGAGCUGCCCUCUGCCCUCAAUGGCACCACCGGCACCGAUUCCGCCCCGCGUCGGCCCUCGGAGCGACCCAUGACCACCAAGGAGGCCAAGAAGGCAUACAAGGCCCGCACCAAGGGCCCCAAGCUGACCAAGGCUGAGCAGCGUCGCCAGGACCUCAUGGAGCAGGACCGCAUACGCCGCGAGCUGGAGAAGGAGCGCAAUCAGGCCCGCGCCCGCACCGCCAGGGACAGGAAGCGAGACAAGGAGGAGAGGGAGAAGGCCGAGAAGAAGAAGAAAGGGUUGCCCCUCGUCCAAGUCCGGCCCAGCCAGGACACAAUCGCCCGGUUCAUAAAGAAGCCGGCCCCGAAGCAGGAAGAAGGCGGCCAUGAAGAUCUGAAACCGACGGCGCGGGACAGCAGCAGCAUGUUGAUGCGCAUCACAGAGCGCAGUAAGAUGUCAGAUCAACCGCCAGCUUCUCAAGAAAACGAUUGGGACGUAGCCUCUUCUCCGGAGGACGGGACCGACAGACCUGCGAAGCGACAGCGUGCCGGGCCGUCGCCGCUGCUUUCGCCACGAGAUGAGCCUGUACCAGAGGGCAUAUCCAAGGAGCCUAAGCUUAUUGAUGCAGUUUCACGGCCGGCAGAUGCAUCCCCACUCAAGCAAGGACCCGCGGGGACGCAGGAGCGGUCAAGACUGGCCAGUUUGGACCCCGAUGAUCCCGUUACGGAGGACUUGGCGAACCAGCAGAUCCUGAGCGAGUCCUUCUCUGCAGACGACGGCUUGUUCGAUGAUAUCGACAUCGAAGCCUUCGACGUAGCAGCUGCUGCUACGGAUCAGAAAGAUACUUGUGUGAAACAGACUUUGCCUCCACCAGAGCCUCCAGAUCAAGGCCCUCUUGCCGCCGAUAGUAUAGCUCUAGCAGGUUGCGAACUUGAGAACCGAGUGCCUGGUGAUGAGGCACUGGUUGAAAACAAGACGGUUCCUCCCGACACCAUGGUACGGAGGCCCGUCUCGUCUUGCGACAGCCCCAGCAGCGAAACGGUUACGCCCAUGGUGGUCGAUGCGGCUCCGAUUCUUUCCCCUACAACUGCUUCCUCGGGCAAAAGUAUUGCAUCAAGCGAUACCCAGCAAAAUCCUGAGCCAAACGCAAAACCCAAGCAGAGAUCCCCAACAUCCAACACUGCCGAUGGCGCAGCUCGACCCCCCUUGCGGGAUCUGCCCCUGAAUCAGGAUAUUGGUCACAACCCUCGGUGGUCCGAUAGGAAGCCGCCAACGAGGCAAGUACCAUCUGUGUCAACCUCUAAGCCCCCGUUUCGAAAGCCGCAAACAGCUCUGUCCGGUGCGAAUUCGUUUCGCUCCCCAAAGACUCCUAUGGGACCGCCACCCUUGCCCCCAAAGUUCAAACCCCACGGUCCUGCGACCUCAGUGCACAAGGCGGGAGCACCCAAGUUUUUACCUGCCAAAUCUCCUUCGGUCGCCUUGCCAGUAGAUCAGGGUAAUCAUCUUGGUACUCCUGGCUCUAAAGACUCGAUGCCGCCGUCGAGUACGCAGCUCUUCCUUCUGAGCAACGUGGAUGAUCUCUUUCCAAGUCCUUCCCAAGAGGCCGAAGAAAUAUUUGAGAAACCAAUAGUACGCCGAGGACCCCUUCAAACACGGCCCAAGACAGCACCACUGCCUACUCGCUUUACCUCCAGGCCACAACUUCGGGACCGGGCAAGCAGCCACCGUGGAGGCAAGCGCGACUCGGUUACGCCACAAUCUCUGGCCUGCAACUCUCAUCCCACGGCAAAGAAUCCCCACAAGGAGCCUUUCAUCAAGAGUAACUCGAACUGUGGGGGGUUAUCUACUUCACAAAAAACCCUCGAGACACCAGCUGUUGACUACAUGCCAUUUCUGUCCACACAGGAUUUGCUCCUUUCAUCUCAAGACAUCAAAGAGCUAGAAGAAGGUUCAAGUUCACCCACAAAGUCUUUGAGUGGAUUUCAAUGCACAUCUGCUGUGGCGCAACCAAUCUCGAACUUAACGUCAAGUAAUAAAUGGAAAGGUCCACUUCAUGAUCAUCCUCAUUCGUACAGCCGUUCAAUGGAUGGCAGCUGGAGCACGAAGACGCCUUGUAAUAAGGGGAAACUUGGGAAACCGAGAGCUCUUGGUACGAAUGAGAGAAUACUCAAAACACACCCAAACUCUCAGCAGUCCAGUAGCCUACCGGAAACACCGACAGUGCCUAGAAAUCGACCGGCCCAAGAGCCGUGCCCUAGAGUUGAUUCGUCCUGCGUGGCUUUGCCCCACCAGUUCGACGAUAUUCGUGAUGAGUUUCCGCUGUCGAAUGAAGACAUCGCCGAGCUCAUUAGCGAGGACUUCAGUGCUCCGAACGACCAGCCCGAAAGCAUGGUCCGAGAAAGCCGCGACAAGAUUGCUGAUCGGACGCCAGUGGCUCCACGGCCGUCCCCCAAACCCUUUUUUACGUCCAGCGGUACUAAAGAGAGGGUAUACUUGGCUAUCGAGAAAACUAAGACAACAGCGUGGGUGGACGAUCACGCUCGUCGGAAAGCUCAGGAACAUCUGGACUUCUUGUUGAGGCAGGAAGACGAGAAGGCUGAGAGACUUCUCGUCGAGAGAAUGCUGGAAGCGGAAGAUAAGGCCGCCGCGCAAGCAGACCAAUCGCCAAGACAAAUGGUUGAGGCCACCGAGAAUCAGACUUGCGGCAGCUCUAACAGGAACACCGAGCCCAGCCGUCCAAGUCAGGUCCAGAAGAGCAAGACUGCCAGUCAGAAGAGCCGGGGCCGCAGUCAGCCCCAGAGCUCGUUUGAAAAGAUGCUCGAAAUGCUUGAGAAGUCAAAAAAGGCUCAACUCAUACCCAGUGCAUCGCAGGAGAGUGAUUAUGGCGACGCGGCGUGGGACGACGACGACUUUAAAUGCCUGUAA